GAUCAUUGUUUGAACACUUACAGCCUCACCAAAAGAGAUGUAUGUGUGCAGCUCAAAAGCAUAUCAAGUGCUCUUCAAGUUCUCUUUCAAUAAACCCAGCCUGGAAAGUGCACAAUCUACUACUCAAUUCUGCGCAAGAUUGGUGCAUCAAGAUGCAUAUUUCUAUAACUUCCCCUCACAAAUCCUCACAUGCUUCUUUCCAGAAUCACCAUUCUUGCUACCCUCUAAGAUUCUUGCUUCUUCGCCUUGGAAAGCAAGACCCCAAAACGCCAUUUGCGCUCUAUUGCAUCAGCGAGGGAAGCAUCCAUACCCCGCUGUCUACACCACAAGGCUUCCCAGUCCUCCCAGUUUACUCUCGUUGUCCCCCCCUUAAAAUAAACCGAAGAUACUCGAAGUUACGAAUUCUACCCUGCGGUCAUCAAAUUGGCUAGUCUAAGAGUGAAUCAAACAAUGACCAAUGACGGAGCCAUUAAUCGCUUGCUAUAUGCCAUACUCAGUCAAAAAUGCCUCAAAGAUGUAUGGAAUUCCCAUUGAAUGAAACCUCUCGUUGUGAGUGGAGCAUUGACAAUGACUGUACAGAUUGAUUGGAAUAAAGUAGCGCAUGAUCCUAUUCUUUCUCAAGAAAUUACCAACGGUCACGCUGCUCGAAUGCGCUACUCUCGAUUCAAGAAACAAAUGGACAAUGCAACACCAUCACCCGUCCAUGCCAGGAAGAUUGCUACUUCUCGACGUUCCAGGAUUGAGAAGAAGAAAUUCGCCAAACGAGAGCCGAAAAUAAAAAUCCAGAAAAAUAGUCUCGAUAGUGCGGACCUCCCUGUUCACUUGAAGUAUGAGUCUCAGAACGCCCAUACACGACUCUACACGAAUACAAGUAACAUUGAGACAAACCAUAGCAACUCAUUCCCCAUACUAGAAGUCGCCAAGCGCGAGCCCACCACACCCAUCACUUCCCAGUCAAAGAUGAAGACCGAAGCCGAGUUCUAUAAAUCUCUCUCUAAUCCAGCAGAUUCCCCCUGUCUCCCAACCCUCUUGUCAACCAACUCAUCCGCGUCUCCAAACAGUCCCAAGUUCCCUAUCCCUGGUGUUGUUAGUUUCAACAGUCCCAUGAGUAGCACGACAAGUCUUAACAACCGUAUGACGGAUGCUUUAUUCUUUGGUCCGCCUAUUCAUGGAAAAGCUGGAUACAAGGAGCCCUUCGGAGCUGCGUAUCGAGACGAGCAGAGAUAUUGCUUUGAUCCUUGGGUUCAAAGUGUUGGUGGAUUUGAUACCACCAGUAUCGAGGACAGACAUGGCAUUUUGUUCAAGACGGAAGAAAACUAUGAUGAUGGUUCUUAUGAAUUCUUAUCGAAAUAGAGAUUCACGGAAAGUUGGGAAGUAGGAGAACAGAAGAGCUUGCUCAGCUUCGAUGUUUAAAACUUGCUUGUCGAUUUGAAUGAACAUAUUUAUUUUUA